AUGGUCAAGCUGCCGCCGCUGGACAAGGGCGUGCUGCCUCUGCAGAAGCUGCGCGACGAGUACGAGCGCUCGCUGACGCACCUGCUGGACCACUUGGGCUCGGAUCGGGUGUCGCUGGUGCUCACCAAGCGCCUGGCCGCGCUGCUGACGCACGUGUUCGUGGACGGCCUGGGCGUGUUGAAGAGCCAUCACGUGGUGGAGUGUCUGGAGCUCGCGGACGACGUGGCCAGCGUCUCGGCCGACACGACCGUCGUGUAUCUGGCGUUCGCGCGCACGGGCGACGUUAGGGCAGUCGCGGCCCACGCUGAGAAGCUGCUGGGCCGGGAGGACGACGGCGGACGCAAGCGGCGACUGGCGCUCUACGUGGUGGGCAGGUGGACGACCAUGCUGGACCACGCGCUGGACUACAGCCGACUGCGAGGCCGGUUCCAGACGGGGGAGCUGGCCAUGGGCUUCUUCCCGUUGGACACGGAUCUGCUCACCAUGGGCUCCCAGCGCAGUCUGUACGAGUGCGAGGUGGAGGGAAACGGCAGCUCGCUGGUGGACAUGGCGGCGGCGCUGAACCUGCUGCAGCAAGUGUACGGCAAGUUCGGCAGCAUCAAGUACAAGGGCGAGAUGUCGAUGCUUGUGUUGAACCACCUGAUGGAGAUGAACGCGGGAGGCUCGGGCAUCAUGAGCGGCGGGGCAGCGAGUCAAGGAGGGACGCUGGCAGGACCUCAGCGAUCUCGACUCGACACGUUGAUUCUGCUGGACCGGAGCGUGGACUUCGCCUCGGUCUUCUCCACGCCGUUGACGUACGAGGCGGCACUCGAUGAGCUCAUGCAGAUCCAGGACGGAUUCGUCACGGCGUCGCCGCAGAUCCUACGCGCAGAUGACAGCGCGAGCGACGCCCCCGUCCCGGUGGCUCUGAACUCGACGGACGAGAUCUACCGCCAGAUUCGGGACAAACACAUCCACACCAUUCCAGCCGCGCUGAACGUGCAGGCGGUGGCUGUCAAGAAGCGCUUCAACGAGUUCCAGCGAGUGAGCGGCUCGGCCAGCGCCGCAGAGGUGAACGAGUUCGUCAAGACGGUGCCCCAGAUGAAGGCGUCCCAGCAGUCCAUCGAGCAGCAUAUCAACCUGCUGGAACACCUCGAGUCGACUACUGCCGGCAAAGCAUUCCGCGAUCUCUGGCACUUGGAGAGGAAGAUCAUGGACCAAGCAGAGGGCGUACUAGGCACGAUCGAGGAGCUCAUCUUCCGACACGAAGAUCUGCGCAAGGUGCUGCGUCUGCUGUGUUUGUAUUGCGUCGUGAACGACGGAGUGCAGCGCCGUAACUUGGAGCGACUGAAGAUGCACCUGGUUCGAGCUUACGGCCAUGAAUUGGUCUUCUCCUUCCGCAACUUGGAGCGUCUGGGCGUGCUCUACGAACGUCAACCUUCUGGUCUACUGGGCGACUCCAGUGACUCUGUCUGCUCCUUCCAGUACGCGGCGCAGAAUCUGUCGGUCAUUGAUGUCGAUGUCAACAUUAAGAAUCCAAAGAACGCAGCGUUCGUUACGUCAGGCUACGAGCCGAUCUCUGCUCGCCUCGUUGAGGAGAUCCUGAAAUUCGGCCACUGGAGAGGCAUCGACCACGUUAUGAAUCAUUUGCCUGGGCCACGCGCAGAACUCCACCUCGCUGAGAAUGACCGACCGGACAAGACGAGCAAUGCGGAUGAAGCCAAGAAACCCAAGCCAAAGAAGAAGACGGUCGUGGUCGUGGCGUUUGUCGGAGGCGUCACGUUCCUCGAAGUCGCAGCGCUGCGGUGGAUCGCUUCAUUUUAUCCCAUUGAGCUUAUCGUCGCCUCAACGAGUAUUCUCAACGGCAAGACGUUUAUUACCGAGUUGCUGGAGCAAGUUCCGCCCACUACAGGAGCCUAG